AUGAGUUCAAACGUGAUCAAGCGCAAGUUGGUCAUUGUCGGUGAUGGCGCCUGUGGCAAGACCUCGCUUCUCUACGUAUUCACCCUCGGCGAAUUCCCUACAGAGUACCACCCCACGGUGUUUGAAAACUACGUCACCGACUGUCGAGUCGACGGCAAGCCGGUGCAAUUGGCGUUGUGGGACACAGCCGGCCAAGAAGAAUAUGAACGCCUACGGCCUUUAAGCUACGCCAAUAGCCACGUUCUCCUCAUUGCAUUCGCCGUCGACGUGCCUGAUUCCCUUGAAAACGCCAAAACCAAGUGGGUUCAAGAGGUGCGACGAUACUGUCCUCAGACCCCAUACCUCUUGGUGGGGCUUAAGAAAGACUUACGUACGUCGCAGGAUAGCCAGUUUGUCCAGACCCAUCAGGGGGAGGUGGCGGGGAUUGAAAUUGGCGCCAAAAAAUACUUGGAGUCGCUGAGCUUAACCGGCGAAGGCGUCGACGAUAUCUUUGAGUAUGCCACUCGUACAUCAUUGUUGGUCACCAGUGAUAAGGUAAAAGACGGGUGCUGCGUCAUCUUGUAG